AUGGGAUUCGUUAAAGCCGAAUCUCUCGACUUUGUAGAAAUCCAACUUCACAGUACUAAAGCAGAUAUUUAUACGAAAUUUGAGGUAUAUAAUAUUGUAAAGUUAGAUAGAUCGAAAUAUGUGCGGAUACAAUUCCAAACAUUAUUGAAUAUGGUUAAUCAUUUAAACCCAAAAGCAGAAGAUCCGGAAAAGGGACGUAUAACAACUGAUCCUGUUGUCCAGAAUAUGUUAGCGAACUUGGAUGAGUAUGCCUUUGAUUCAAAAUCAAAAUCUC